CUGCUGAAGUUACAAAGUUGUUCUUAUAAACACCGGUCUUUACUUUGAAAUUAUUCGACUGAUUUUAGCGCACAUUUUAAAUCAUCAAUGUCGUUUAGCGAAAAUCAAAAAGCAACUCUUUUAACUUAUUUUGAUAACGGUAUGGUUGGUGUUGGGAAGAAGUUUGAAAGCCAGAUUGCUGCUGCGUCGGCAGAAACUAGUUUAACUGAAAAGCAAGUGAAGAACUGGAUUGCCAAACAGCCUCAUAGAAGAAAAGGAAAGGCUGCAGAUAAAGUUCACAGGGUCAAAUCUUCUGAGGCAAUAAAAUAUGCACAUUCUACUGUUCCCCGAAAAGAUCGCACAAAAUGUGGAUGGAACAUAUUUCAGAAAGAGUAUGCUACCACUGAGGAGGGUAAAAAUACCUUAAAAGAAUGUGAAUUACCUAAUUUCAACAAGAAAGCAGCAGCUAAAUUUAGGGAAAUGCCUGCAGAAGAAAAAGCCAGAUAUAAUCAGUUGGCGGCAGAAGAGGAAAGUACAAAUCUUACAGAGCUGCAGAAAACCCAUAAAAUAAGCAAUAUUUUUACAAAACUACGCAAUAAUACGAUACUGGAAGAUUAUGGAUGUCACACAUUAGUUAUUGGUUUCAGAAAGGAUAAAUAUUAUAUUGCUGAAUCUGAUUCCAUCACCAAUAAAUUGAGUGAUAGAACGAUACAACAACUUUACUCUUCUUUAUUCAAUAACAAUGAAGAAAAUACUAGGAAGUUUGCUCAAGAUAAUCAGCUGAGAAAGGAUGUACAAGAUCUUUUCAACACAAAAUAUUCUGAAGCUACAGGGGAAGACACACCGUUCCCAUACAAAAGAAAGCAUGAAUUCGAAGUUGAUGGUUUGCCUUCGGAGAUUCCAUUCCGAAAACCAAGCGGCUAUGGCGUUGGUCAAUUGAAAAAAAUACUGGAGUCAAGAGACCACAUCGGAUUCCGCAUAAAACAAACAACGUGCAGGGAAAGAGAAACUGCCCCUCGUAGUUUGCUGCCAGCUGCCGCAUCCACUGCAAGUGUUGCAUUGACAUCUUCGUCUUCGCUCUUCACCCAUCACUCGCCAAUCUCCUCAAUAAGCGAUCUUGAUGUACCUACGGUCACUUCUUUAACCUCAAUGACAAUGUGCACCACUUCAACUGUUUCAUUGCCAUCAGCCUCUUCUUCUCCUUCGACAAUAGUCGUAUCUUCGCAUGUUUCUCAAGAUCAGCUAGCUGGUGCAGAAGAUCAUCUGGUAGAGCAACAUGAUAUGCCAGAAAAAACAUCACCCUUACCUUUAAGACAACCUUCUAAAAAGAGAUGGCUGGGAAGAAGACCUGUACAUAAGCCACAAGAGCCAUCUGUUUAUCCAUUCUGGAGCAAGGUUACAAUCAUGAAUGAAGACGAAAUUGCAGUCGCAGAAGGGGUGAUUGUACCUGGUAGCAACACGGAAGACAGUUAUGUCAGCAAUAGCUUCCGUCGUAAGAUUUAUGUUACGAAAGUUUCAGGUAUGAAGCGUUAA